AUGUGCCUGGCCAUCUCUCUCGAAAAUUACCUCAAUAUGCCUAUGAUUGCGAAGCCUAAGCCUUGGGCUAUAGCAGAAGAUCGAUUAAAUACUCCCGGUAAAGAUCUUAGUCUUUUUGAUCUGGAAGGUGGGUAUUAUAACCCCUACUAUGGCGAUGGUUUUAGGCUUUUACUAGGCAAAAUGAAGGAACAUUUCUUUGUAUAUUUUGGUGAGAAGCAACUAUUAAGCACCCAUAAACGGGCUGAACAGCUUUGUAAGGUUAUGAAUACGCUAGAAAACCAGCCUUUUAUUAUUAAUGAGGGAUAUCUCAAUUUUCUCUUGACUCAUAAUGAUUAUUUGGUUAGAACAGGCUUUCUCAUGCCUGCUUUUCUGAACCAUAUUGAUUUUAAGGUUGCAAUAGACAUAAUCCGCGAUUUGCGUAGUAAGGAGAGUGAGAAUUUUCAAAAGACGUAUACUCUCAACAGUAUCGUGCACAUACUUGAGUAUAACAUCCAAAGGGCUCGUUAUGAGCAAAAUGUAUUGGAGAUGGCUUAUGCAUAUAGGGGUUUUAGGAUAUAUCUUCCCGCUGCUAUUGACUUCCGAGGUCGUAUCUAUCGCACUGGAAUCUUGCAUUUCCACGAGCGUGAUCUCUCUCGGAGUCUUCUUCUCUUCGAUGUUGGUAUGAGUUAUGGAGCCAACUGUUAUAGAGCUGAAACCAUAGAUAGGUGUGGUGAGGAUACUUUUUACCAUCUAAGAGAUGAGACGCGGGAAGAUUUCCCAGAUAUUAUAAAAGGAAAGGUGCUUUAUAACAACCCAGAUUUGAUGAAUCAGAUUCAUAGAUCUUAUUACGCGGCUGGUGGCUUCCACUACAAGUCUUAUGAGUGCGAUAUGGCUGCUGGUGCAAUGAGAAUUGUAAUAAAAGGCGUUAUAACGCAAUAUAGAGCCCGUAGAAAUCAAGUCUUCUUACUAUCCUCGCUUCGGGAUAUGAACUUAUGCCCCUGUUGCCAAUAG